GUGAUCUUUGUUCUCAAUCUUUCCAUAACGAUCGAAGGUUUUAUCGUGCACAGUGUUAUUGUGAUUCCUUUGCCGGCGAUCGAUAAGACCCGUUUGAUGGUGACCGCCAAGGCCCGUCCGUCGGCGAUCGUCGAAAUCCAUUUGUCGAGACAGCAGCGGGGGGCCCCGCGUUUCCGUCGUUGGCCCGGCAAAAUCAACAGACGCCACGGAAUAUCAGAAGCUUCGGGGGAUGCGAAAACCGGAGGACGAUGUCGAUGAGACCGGCCUGGGGGCCGAAGUUGUUUCUCGUGCUGGUGACGACCACGAUCGUUAUCGGCAAUUAUCAGCGUCAUCGCGGCAGGACUCAUUUGUGCGAGCAGCUCGUUAACAGCCACAAAGUGACGAGGAACAUCACUCGACUGCAAGAGGAAAUAAUUCUUAAUCUGCCACCGCUUCAAAUUCCUCGCUUGAGGCACCAUCAAGUAACAGAUUGGUAUCCUUACUUCGAAAAUGCGGAAGGUCAGGGUAUCAGUGGCGCUCUUCUCGAUUGUCGUGUUGCAAUGCUCUCUGGAAAUAAGGUCAUGUGGUUACGUCGCAACGCCGACUGGGCAUCCCUUUUAACCCUGGGUAAUACUACUCACAUUUCCGAUCCCAGGUACAGCGUUAGCUUCCAAUACCCAAACAACUGGAGAUUGGUGAUCGCCGGGGUGCGCAGGGAGGAUCGUGGAUUGUACGUCUGUCAAGUGAACACGCACCCCCCGAGAAUGCUCGUCACUAACAUCACUGUUCUAGCUCCAGACAUUAGGAUCGUAGACGAAGCUAGGCAUGAACUACGGGAUCGGUACUACAAAACCGGAAGUGGUAUCGAGCUGGCUUGCGUUGCUCGACCUUCCUGCCCCGACUACAGGAUACCUCAUCCUGUCUGGAGGAAAAAUGGCGAAACGUUGCCGGAUCGUGUCAACGUUUAUCACAUUAACGGGUCGAACGAAGAUCUGGUGACCAAGCUGUAUAUCGAACAGGCGAAAAAGACUGACAGCGGCGAAUACUCGUGCUCAGUGAGCCAAUUCAGUACCGCCGCGGUGCAUAUUCACGUUCUGAAUGGUGAAAAGCAAGCAGCGGUUCACCACGAUCAAUGGAAUGCAGCGCCAAUGUACCACGAGAAAUUGAACAACCUGUGCAUCACAAUCGUCAGCCUUGUUUUCCUCCGAACUUUGAUGAUUAACUCACUAUAA